UGGACACACGCGCCUGCGCGUUGCCAGCCUGUACGCGAUUUCCGGAGUGCGAAGCCUGCAAACUUGCGGAGGUUUUCCCCUGAUUUCAGCGGCUUCUCAGACCUCUACACUCAUACCAUGAUGUCCAGCCUGCCAAGGAGAAUCAUCAAGGAGACCCAGCGGCUGACGAACGAGCCCGUGCCGGGAAUCAACGCCGUUCCAGACGAACAGAAUGCUCGCUAUUUCCACGUUGAUGUCAUGGGCCCGUCUGAGUCGCCGUUUGAAGGAGGCACGUUCAAGCUGGAGUUGUUCUUGCCAGAAGACUACCCCAUGGCCCCGCCCAAAGUGCGCUUUAUGACCAAGAUCUACCACCCCAACAUAGACAAGCUGGGCAGAAUCUGUCUAGACAUCCUAAAAGACAAGUGGAGUCCAGCGUUGCAAAUCCGCACAGUGCUCCUGUCCAUCCAGGCCUUACUGAGCGCGCCCAACCCGGACGACCCACUAGCCAAUGACGUCGCAGAGCAGUGGAAGGUGAACGAGUCCCAUGCAAUAGAGACAGCAAAAGCAUGGACGCGACUGUACGCCAUGAAAAGCUGAGGGUGGGGAAGAGGGUCAAGCCAAUGCAGCUCAACAACUGUAGGGAUGCCAUCAACCUAGCAAUAGUGCAUGGAGGGGAAAAACUGUCUCCCUUCCUCUCUUGUAGCAGUGACCCCUAGCAGAUCAUUUCCACACUGCAGGAUCAACUUGGAUGGUUGAUGUUACUAUCUAAGCUCUCAUUGUCUGCUAUUUCCUGUCGUUUUCUUCCUGUAUACCGUUGUAAAAAAAAAUGAUGUUCCUGAUUUUUUAGAGCGCACACUGUGACAAUUUCAGUAUCUUCCUGCAGCUGCAGCAAGACUUUAAUGUCUGUAAAAAUGGUGAACU